CAUUGUCAGCUGGAGCUGCUUUUAAAGGGACAGUGGGUGGGCAGUGGGUGUACAGCGAUGCGCUGAGGACUAGGAUCCUGCCCAGUGCUGGGGGCGGGGGAGAAAUUACAGCGGCAAGCAGCAGAGGAGAAAGGUGGAUUUACCUGUCGUUUAACACACAUACCCAAAGGCAGGAUGAAUUCCCAUGAAGAGCAGCCUCAGUCAGAUGCAGCUACUGCUGCUGCUACCCCGUCUUCCACCGAUGAUGAUGAUGGGAUGACCUGGUGGUACAAGUGGUUAUGCAGACUGGCUGGCAUCAUUGGGGGCAUCUCGUGUGCCUUUGCUGGCCUCUUUAACUGUGUGACCAUCCACCCUCUCAACAUCGCAGCUGGCGUUUGGAUGAUGUUGAAUGCCUUCGUCCUUUUCCUGUGCGAGGCCCCCUUCUGCUGCCAGUUCAUCGAGUUUGCAAACGCUGUGUCAGCAAGGGCAGACAAACUGCGCCCAUGGCAGAAAGGUGCCUUCUACUGCGGGAUGGCGAUAUUCCCAGUUAUACUGAGCCUGACUCUGACAACUUUAUUAGGCAAUGCCAUUGCCUUUGCGACAGGAGUGCUUUAUGGACUUUCAGCAUUAGGCAAAAAGGGAGACGCCAUCACGUACGCAAGGAUGCAGCAGUUGCAACGGAAGCAAACAAACGAAGAAGGGGUGACAGGAAGUGUCGAACCGCAGGCCGUGUGACAUCGCCAUUCUUUUGAGGCCAGUCAUUCCCAUCUCAUUGAAAAGCAAAGCUUGGGAAUUCACUCCAGCCUUAGAAACUGGCCUUGGAAUCCUGUGCUGUGAAACUCUUUCAAAACUUCUAAUUUCAAGCCGGAGAGUGCAGAAUGAAAACAUACCUUCUCCUUUGUCCCCAGAACAUUUUUAAAAAAACAAAAACACAUUUAUGCAACACUGUGAAUCUUAUAUGCUGCAGCUUUAAGGGGGCAGGAUUUAAUGUGGGGGUCCUCCCUUCUCCCACCCUGCUCCUUUCUCAGGUUGGUGUGGAACCAAAUAGGGUGAACAAGCCCCAUUUGUCACAUCACUGUGGUGGACUCUUAGUCGCCUGUGUUGCAACAGCCUUUUGAUACAGUUUUAGCAGCUCAAUACGGUACUUCUGAGAUCAUCAGAAGCUACAUUCUGGGCCUUGAUUUUAUUUUGACAUUUGGGGUGAUGGGGAAGCUAUUUGGGGAGCUGGAAAAUGUGGUACCAAAUGAAUUCUAGGACCUCAGCAUUGAAUAUUUGAGCCACCAACCCAGUCUCUGAUUUGGUGUUCUCUCUUAGAGUUACAAACUUUGGGGGCUUGAUGGACCUUGCUGUCUUCCUACUUUAGAGUCUCCCCCCCCCCUGCAUUGCAGAAAAUUAUUCCCCUGAUGAAUUUUUAGACCUUUUUUUUUUAGUAAUUUUAGAACUGACAUUUCUUUAGUAAUUUAAGAACUGAGCAAACUGUGUGUUGAUUUGUGAGAUGCAUUUUCUUAAGGAGAGAAAUUACUUGAAAACCCUUAGUUUGUUUGCAUUUGGUAUUUUUCCUUUUAGGAUUCUUCAGCGGGGGCGGGGGAUAGCUUUUCCUGUGGGGGAAAAGGAUAACUUUUUGGAGUGAUCCUGGCUUCCAAGGGUGGAAAGGGCAGCCAUUGUUCCAUCCCAAAGUCUAGCAAAGGACCCCCUGCUUCCUUGAGAGAACUGUCACCCUCACUUUGCAGCAAAGAUGGCCAGAGGUGGCAUGAGAGAAUUAUUGGUUUACAAUACCUCAAAGCAUUUCAAGUUAAGGGCCUCGGUAAGCCCCUUCCCCGUCCCCUUGAGCUGCAAUUAUAGGCAUUUUUUGUACAUGUAAAAAGCACAAAUCUUAGAUUCCAUAAUGCAAUACUGUAAAAUGGUUCAAGCAGCUGGCCAGUUUUGUUUCUGGUCACUGCUUUUUAUAACUGGGAAAAAACUUCCUUGCCCUGAAAUGCUACGCAGUUGCAAUCUUCUUUGCUACUGUUUAACCUGUUUUACUACUUGAUAAUUCCACUUUCCGUAUUUAUAUCCUGUAGCUAAAAUUUAAUUUAUUAUUCCUUUUCCUUGUAAUUUGCUUUGGAAAGCAUAAAAAAUGUAUUAUUAUUAUUUAUUUGGAGUUCCUCGAACUGUUCCGGUGGGGGAUCUGUUCUCUUGGGGUAUAGAACAUGAGACAGGUGCUUUCAUUUGCUGGGAAACAAUUUCUGUCUAGUAGUGUUAGGUCACUGUCUUUUUAGGAAGAGGAAGAUGGGGCUAGUUGGGAACUGAGUAGGGCACAGAAAUAGUGUGAAGAAUUAAUUAAGUCUAUAGAUGUAGUUGAUAGAAGGGCGUGUGAGAAUCUUACUUGCCAGAUGCAAUGUUGUGUCCCACCGCUAAGGGUCAGUAUUUUCAAAUGCAUUAUCAACAAGAAGUGAUGGUAUAGGCUUCCUUUAGGAGGAAAUGCUUUGCUAGAGAUUCCCGUUUCUUGUUGAAAGAUAAGGUUUCAGAGGAAGGGACCUUUGUCAAAAAGCUCACCCCGUCUCUGAAGAUUGAACAAAGCUGGAUCACUGCCAUUUUGAAAGAGCAUAAAAGAAUAAGGCAGUCUCUUCUCAGGCAUAGUUAAUUUUUGUGAAUAAUUAUUGGAGACUCUGGAUUCUACAUUGUAAGAAUUUCUUUUUCUUUUACUGUACUGUAUAACGGAUAAUAUUUUCUUGUUUCUAGGAUGCAUAUUGCACAGUAUUGUCUGAUUUUUUCCCUUCAGGUGUUUUUUUUUAGCAUGCAACAAACAUGCCACUUGUAUUCACCAACACCAUCUUUCAAGCAGAUGGAAAUGCAAUAAUUUAAUUCUAGGUCCCUUCUGAAAUUUAUUUAUCUUGUAAUUAAUGGCGGAAUGAAAAGUUAUUGUUUGAAAGACAGUGCAUGCACCCUAGUACAGGGGCACAGAACCCUUGUCAGCCUGAGGGCCACAUUCCCUUUUUGACAACCUUCAGGGGCCACAUACCAGAGGCAAAAGUGGGCCAAACGACAGGUGUAACAUUUGUACAGUAGACGAGUUUCAGCACACACUCACACACGCCUUACUUUCCUCCAUCCUGGCAAGCAAGCAAGAGGCACCUUCAGGACCCAGGGACACAUUUCAGCCUGGCAAAACCACCUGAGGAUGUGAUGCAGAGCUGCUGAAGGGUGUGGCUUGGGGAGCUUUCUGAAGGCUGGCUAGAGAGGCCUGGAGGGCCACAGCUGGCCCCUGAACCUGAGGUUCUCCACCCCUGCUGUUAAGGGGCCUCAGCAAGAGCUGUGCUGGAUCAGACCAAAGGCCCAUCUAUGUCAGCAUCCUGGUCUUAUAGUGAACAACCAGGUGCCUGUGGGAAGCUCACAAGACAGACCCAAGCACAACAGCACUCUCCUCACUUGUGAUUCCCAGUAACUGGCACUUAGAGGCAGGAUGUAAACCGCCUUGAGAGCUGCAGGUAUAGGGUGGUAUAUAAAUUCAAUUAACCACAACAACAACAUCAUAGCGGCUGUGGCCAGUAGCCUUAUUACCCUUCACAAAUUUGUCCCAACCCAUUUUAAAGCCAUCUUUGCUUGGUGCCCCUCACGGAACAACUCUCUGGAGUAAAAUCCAUAGCUCAACUACGUUCUGUGUGAAGAAGUCCUUACGCCUGUCUCGUGAAUUAUACGAUGCACUAGGGGAGGGUUUUGUGUAGAGUAUGUCCCCUAGAUGUUCAUGGACUACAAUUCCCAUCAGCCCCUGCCAACAUGGCCAAUGGCCAGGGAUUCUGGAAGUAAGAUUCUGGAAGGCAACUGGCUGGUUAUCUCUGGCCUACAGGAUAAGCAACCAUGAGCAGGUGGCCUCCUCCUUUUCAAGGAUGUGAAGCUUUAGGGCCCAUGAGGCAGAUGAAGCAGCCCAGCUUAGGCAGUGGAAUCCCAUGGGUUAGUGCUGGGGUUGUGCAGCUGUGGCUUCCAGGGAGAUUUCGCUAGAAGUCACCAUACAACUCCAGCAAGUGAGGCUUUGAGGGGCUGCUGCUGCAAGGGUGCAUCUUCCCGUUUCUCCUCAGUUGGCAAAAUGGGAUGGGCCACUUCUGUGAAGCUGAGACUGCUGGCUUGCAUCACUGGUCUACGGGGAAAGGGUUGAUCUGAGUAAACCAGUUUUUAUUCUGUGUAGAAUCCUUGACAACCACCAGUUUACUGAACCUGCCUGUCACUGAUCCUCUUUUUGUGUAUGCAGUGAAUAAAAAGACCAUUCUACCUCUGGUAAUAAGUUA